AUGGAGAUAGGUACUUCAGCUGAUCCCUUCCCAGCAAGCUUGGCAAUUGUACAAGAACAACAAGGGCAUCCUGGAUGGGGAUCAUAUGCACAGCGAUUGUUGGACCCUGCUUCUGGGCUUUGGAGAAACCCUAGUAUUGGUGGACAUGAUGACAAGGCCCAUCCACCUAUUCACCCAACCAAAUUUUCUUCUGGAGAAUCAGGAUGGAGUCAAGAUCACAAUCGACUGUAUAAGCUGGUUGUUCGCCAUUUUCUGGCAUGUGUCUCACAGCCAGCUGUAGGGGCUGAAACUAUUGUUGAAAUAGAUAUUGCUGGCGAAAUGUUCUCUGCAUCUGGGAGAGUGAUACUGGCGAAAAAUUACUUAGAUGUGUAUCGCUUUGAAUCAUGGGGAGGUUCACUGCUACCAACAUAUGCUGUUGGACAACAGGUUUGCUAUUGAUCAUCCAACUAAGCUAUGCAUCUAAAUUUAUGAUUAGAGUUUAUGAUUAGUUCACUGGAA